AUGGCUGGGGAUAAACUGUUUAGGAAGGACAGGAAGGGCAAGAGAGGAGUGGCUGUCAUUCUCUAUGUCAGUGACCAACGAUUGUUCAUGGAGCUCUGCCUGGGGAUGGAUGAGGAGCUGACAGAGACCCUGUGUGUCAGGAUUAAGGGGAAGACAGGGGCAAGAGGGACAACACAGCAAAGCAACCGGCAUUGCAGAAACCUCCUCGAGUGCAUUGAUGACAACAUCCUCCUCCAAACGGUAGAGGAACCAGUCAGAAAAGCUGCUUUGCUGGACCUUGUUCUCACCAACAGAGAUGGGCAGUGCAGGAAACCAGGGCACAGCCCAUACCAUUACCUGGGACGCUUUGCAUUUGACAGGAGCUUGUCAGAAAAUUAUUACUUCAACAGGUUGCAUCUGGGCCAGAGGCAGUGCAGGGCUGCUAUAAAAGGCAGCCCAGCUCUCUGCUCCCUCAUCCACUUUUCUCACCUCCUUCUCCUUGGGAAUCAGGUAAACCUCUCUCCCAGAGACAUGUCCUGCUACAACCAGUGCCAGCCCUGCGGCCAGUCCUGUGGCCCAACCCCUCUGGCCAGCAGCUGCAAUGAGCCCUGUUGCAGGCAGUGCCAGAGCUCCACUGUUGUCAUUGAGCCCUCCCCCGUGGUGGUGACCCUGCCCGGACCCAUCCUCAGCUCCUUCCCACAGAACACCGUCGUGGGCUCCUCCACCUCUGCUGCUGUUGGCAGCAUCCUCAGCUGUGAUGGAGUGCCCAUCAACUCCGGGGGUGUGGACCUCUCCUGCAUUACCAGCCGCUACUGCGGCAACAGAUGUAGGCCAUGCUAA